AUGGGCGGCGCCGCCGGCUCACUCCGGCUGCCGUGUGCUUCUCCGCCUCUGCACACCGAACUCACCGCCUGUAGAGGAGCUUUCUUCAGCCUCCGGAGGGAGGGAUAUAGCAUGUCUAAGGGAAGGGUACAGGGAGCGGCGAGGAUUCUCGCCGCGCCGGCGCUUUCCGGCGACGUCACGGAAGGCAUUCCCGAACUCGAAGAGAGCGACGUGUGGCCUGAAUUACAGGAUGCUUCUGGGGAUCACAUCGAAUAUUCCGACGCUGAUGCUGACGAUGGAAGCCGUGCUCCGGCCCGGAGAAUGGGACGGAACCGCCGCGGAAGCUUGGGCAGGCGGUACGUCGGCGGGCUAACCCUCGCCUUGGAGGACGCCCGCAUGGGAACUUCUCCUACGGCGGCAAACCCAUCUCAACAGCGCGAGGGGCAUCGGGCAGCGGCGUCGGCGCCCAUGGACGUGCCGGUCUGGCCGAGUUGGCUCCAAUCUGGUUCUCCGGCAGAAAGGAAAGCCGAUGAAGAGGAGGAGGAGGAGGAAUAUUCCGGGGACGGUGAGUGGAUCCCGCCGCACGAGUACCUGGCGCGGGCGCGGCGGCGGAGCGCGGCAACAUCGGUUUUGGAGGGCGUCGGCCGGACGCUCAAGGGCCGGGAUAUGAGACGUGUACGCGACGCGGUCUGGAGACAGACCGGUUUCUUUGGUUGACUCGAUCAGGUUUAAGUUAACCUUUUCGUGUUUUUUUUGGUCUUUCUUCGUAAAAAAAAAAGUGAGGUGAUAAACUCAAUUAAUGUUGUUUUUUCUUGUAAAUUUCCUAUUGGCCCAUGUGGAAUUCAAGUGAAAUUUAAAAUGUGCUGUUGGUUUUUUCCGCCAA